AUGAAGCGCUGCGCGCUCCUCCUUCCAUUCGUUUCUCUUGCCCUUGGGUGCAACAAUCCCAAUGACUCUGCACACUCCUGUGCCUCGAUCUACUCCGUCUCGUCCGUCGCAGCGGCCAGUUUCUGCGCUACUUUUACUGCAAGCACUGUGUCUGAGACUACGGGCGUGCCGGACGCGCUCCUUUCCAACUGCGACUACAAGGUCAAACAUCUCUCCAGCGCAUGUAGCUGUCUUGAGACUGCUCCGACUACUGCCACUGCCACUGCAACUGCUGUCGUAACAAGCAGCAUUGCCCCCUCAACUACCGCAGAGCUGUCUACUGCCCCCGUAUCCACCAUCUCUUCUGCUACCUAUAUUGCAAGCUCACCUGCAACCUUCAAGACUACCAUAAAAAGCACGACAGCCACCGCGCCCUCGACCACCGAGGCGCCAACCACCGAGGCCGCAACCAAUACCGCUUCAUCUGCCAUCGGCAACGGCGGGACGACCUGCACAGUCACUGAGUACGCCUCCAUCUCUUCUGCCGUCGAAUCAUGCACCAACAUUCUCCUCUCGGACAUCUACGCACCUCCGUCUAGCACCAUCGACCUGCAGAAUCUGCAGACUGGGGCUGCGGUUAUCUUUGCUGGGACUACGACCUUCGGCGACACCCCAGACAGCGACUUCGACCCCAUUGUCAUCUCCGGCACGGGGGUUACUAUCACGGGGACAGAUGAUCAUGUCAUUGACGGCAAUGGGCAGGCGUACUGGGAUGGUCAGGGGUCUAAUGGCGGUUCGGAUAAACCAAACCACUUCAUCGUCGCAAAGCACAUCUACAGCUCAACCAUAACCUCCCUAAACAUAAUAAACUACCCAGUCCACUGCUUCAGCAUCGAAAACACCGAGGACCUGGUUCUAUCCCACAUAACACUGAACAACACAGCCGGCGACGCCCCCAACGCCGCGAGUGACGGCGAUCCCGCUGCCCACAACACCGACGGCUUCGACAUCAAGUCGUCUACAAACCUCACCCUCACCGACUCGUCCGUGUACAACCAAGACGACUGCGUGGCCGUAACCUCGGGGACAUCGAUUACAGUCUCGAACAUGUUUUGCUCGGGCGGACAUGGAUUGAGUAUCGGGUCGAUCGGCGGGAAGAGCGAUAAUGAUGUUUCGGGCGUGACGUUCGCAAACUCGACGGUGGUCGAUUCGCAGAAUGGGUGUCGGAUUAAGACGAAUGAGGGGGAGACGGGGUCUGUAAAGGAUAUUCGGUAUGAGGGGAUUGUGCUCGAGGGGAUUAGUAAGUAUGGGAUUGUGGUGCAGCAGGAUUAUUUGAAUGGGGGCCCGACGGGUGAACCGAGUAAUGGGGUUGAGAUCUCGGGUGUGAGCUUUGUGGAUGUUACGGGGACGAUGAGUGGUGGGAAGGAUUAUUAUAUUCUGUGUGGGGAUGGAAGCUGUGAAGAUUUUGAGUUUGAGGGUGUUGAUAUUACUGGGGGGAGUGGGGAUAGUUGUAACUAUCCGGACUCGGGAUGUCCUUGA